GGGAGACGCGGGGCCGGACACGCGGGAGGGCCGGACACGCGGGAGGGCGCGUGCGUGGACGACGCAGCGCUCGGAGACGAAAGAGCGCCGUCGGCUGAGAGAUGACGGCGCGUUGGCGUGCGCGCGUCCUCCGCUCCAACCGUAACCACGUGGCCGCCCUCUUCGCCCUCACGUUCCUGGUGGUGCUGCCGCUCUCGUGUCGCCACCUCCGCUACUCCCACUACUUCGACGGCGGCGACCGCCUGGUGCAGGCGCGGGACGAGGCGCAGGCGCGCGAGGAUGCGCUGGACGCGGAGCGGGCGCGCCGCUUCCUGCGGCGGGUCGCGACCGAGGGCGACCUCCCCCGGCGGCGCCGCCACCACGGCAACGGCACGCGGGGCGAGGGCCCGGGCGACUUGGCGGUGGCGGUGGUCAGCGUGCGGCGGCUGGAGCCCUACCUGAGCCGCGUGGUGUCGCGGCUGCUGGCGCUGCUGAGGGCGUGCGGGCUGGCGUGCGAGCGACACCGGCUUCUCGUGUGCAACGCGCAGGCGGUGCCCGAGGACAACGUCGAGGCAGGCGAGAUCUCCGCGCUGGUGCACACCGUCGCCAGGUUCUCGGAGAGCGAUCCGGACGCAGGGAAGCCGCCGGCGCAGAACCGCUUCGAGAAGGAGAAGCGUGACUACACGUGGUGCCUGCGGCGUGCGGCGACGGCGACGGAGGGGGGCGAUGGCGGCGCCGUGGUCCUGCUGGAGGACGACGCGCUCCCGGCGGACGACUUCUUCCCCGUGCUGCACCACCUCCUGGGCGAGCGCCGUGCAGCGUCGUUGCGGCUGCGCCGCGCCCUCUACGUGAAGCUCUUCCACCCGGAGCGGCUGCAGGGCUACUUGAACCCCGAGCCGAUGCGCAUCCUGGAGUGGGUGGGCGCCGGCGGGCUGUGCGGGCUGGCGCUGACGGCGGUGUUCCUGCGGCUGACGCGCGCGCCUUUCCGCUGGUGGUUGGUCGCCGCCCUCACGCUCCACGCGAUGCUGUGCGUAGAGAUGGUGGGGCGCCACUACUUCCUGGAGCUGCGGCGCGCGUCCCCGCGCCUCUACGCGCUGGCGCCCGCCACGGAGUGCUGCACGCCGGCCAUGGCGUUCCCGAGCGCGGCGGCGGCGCUCGCCGUGGCCGAGCUGCUCGACGCCGAGCAAUGCGCGCCAAAGUACGGCAAGGACAUGGCGCUGUACGCCGCGAUGCGCCGCGCCAAGCACGGCGCCCUUGUACUGGAGCCCAACCUGGUACGGCACAUCGGACGGUACAGCUCCCUGCGGUCGUAGCCACCGCCGCCCACCGCCAUCAACCUCAACCCCUGCUGCUGUUGGUAGGGACUGCACCAGAUAUUGCCGAGUGCCGAGUCUGAAUGUGGGACCGGUGCCUGCGUAACAUCAUGCACAUGUACAGCCCGUUUGGUCAACCCACUCGUGGGUGAGGAUCUCCCCCACGGCACGCGCUUCGUUUGCGGCUUCUUUGACCGUGGGGGUUUGGUCAAGGCGGGUAGCCAUAGAUGUGGUGGCAGUGUAAAGUUCUACGAUGGGUGUCGCUGCACUGCCCUCUGCUGACAAACUGCGGAGUACAACCGCGGAGCCGCCCUUGACAACCCGCUGUGCCGCACAGCGUCUCGCGUCGUAGCCCAAAUUGCAUUUAUUUGAAACUUGACUGCUAACUGCAGUGCAUUUGACGUUACAGCCAACCUGUGUAGUCACGCUUCUCAUGGUGUCUAUUUGCAAAGAAGUCUGUUUCGGGUCCUGCCAGUUACGCUUCAUGCUAUAAACACGAUCUUAUUUGUUGUGUACGCUCGUAAUGAUGUGAUGUACUGCAUUCACUCGGUGUGAUGUUUACACGCGCGUGGUUAAGUUUGCUGAAAACCCGUCUGCCACGAUUUAAAAAAAAAAGAAUUCCAACAAAUGAGUGGCGAUUAUAUAUUCAGGAACUAGUUCAAAAAUGUAUAUGGAUGGGUACAUUGUGCAGUGCUUUUUAUAGAUUACGUGACACCAGUCAGUUCGGGGCGGUGAAGGUGGUAUGGACCGAGGACCGGUUCAGAUAUAAUUUGCCACCGUUUAACCAUGGCCAAGAAUCCAACUCAGGUUUGGCAGCUUCAUAACGUAGUGCGCUAACCAUUGCACUACCGCUGCGCCAAAGUUCAGUAAAAAUUCAAAGCCAUCGUGGUCAAAGCCGCUGACCCCCCAGGGCCACACCUUGCCGACGCUUUACUCCCCUCCGCCGGAUCCCACAGCAGCCGCUGCACAGUAAACGCAGAGAGAGAGAGAGAGCUCUUUGGUCUUCCCCAUAUUUUCCAUUCAUUGAUAAAAUUACAUGAUUGUGGCGCGGCAUGUGAUGCUGAGGAUAUGGGGUUAUUUGCCUUUUCCACUUUGAUAAGAAAAAAGGUUUAUUGUUUCAUCACUUCAAAAAUCUGCCACCUACGCAAUUCGAGAAUAUUUUUUUUAAACCAUGAGGUCACGUGAAUAUGUUGCAACGAGAACCGUACAAGGAUUUCAAAGAUUCUCACGUGCACCAUUCGAUGCGAGCAUUGUGAGCGCUAAAUAUCGAUUUUCAAUCGAUGAAACGGUGUCUCAUUGAGAGCCUACUUUCUAAUUUCUAAUGCGUGGGUGUUUUUUUUUUUGGUCGAUGUGCCACCACAUAUCCUCCCCCAAGAUCAAGUGAGCCUGGUAUGUCUUCCUUAUUCAUGGAACGUCCUUUCCAGUUAUUAUAUCGGGAGUGGGGGGGGGGAUAGAGUUACUGGUACUUAAGCUCCAAUGAUGGAAUUUUUUACGAACUUAGUGAUGAGAAUAUUCGUCAACAAAGUAUUAUUUGUAUUUAUUUCAGUCAUUACGAAAACCACAAGGCGUGCCGAUGACUAGGACUGCCCGAUCAAAGACCAAAGCUGUGAUGAGACGAAACUAACAAGUAUGAAUGAAGACGCAGACUGAGAUAACGUAGGAACUUUAUUAAACACUGCAGUGCACUUAGGAAGCCCUAAAUGAUAAUUGCUGUAGAGUAUUGUAUAGUAUAUAAAAUGGUUCACUGAUUGGCCGACCUGACAAUAUUGGGAGGCGGGGUGGGAGGCGAGCAAUUGCAAGACAAAAGACAAAGAUCCCCUGUGUAGCCUGAACAGACUGUAGGGGCAAGUGUUGUUAGCGAGCACCUAUGAAGGCUGUCACGGUACGCGAGGGGGUGGGUGGCCAGCACUACGCCAGACCGCCUCUGUCUACCUAGUGGCCAUAUUUACACAUCACACGAGGUACUCAAUUGAGGCUGAGUCGACCUAGGGGAGACCCAGGACGGGUUCAGAUAAUCAUCGUCGUUGGUGUUGGCCCUGAGCAGGAAUCGAACUCGUAUCGCCGGAAUCGAACUCGUAUCGCCGGGUUCAUAUCGCAGCGUAGCACUAACCGCUGCACCACCGCUCACCAUAAGGAAAUUGCACCCCCCCCUCACACCAACAUUGAAUAACUAAGAGCGGACUACAUUUUUGACCGCUGUAGUCAACCGAACGACUAGAUAAACUCAACGGAUUGACUCGACUAAAAUGCCGCAGGUUGUCGCUCACACAAAAGACUGCGGACUCACGUGAAAAUAAUUCCGAUUAACUGCACACUAGUCUCAGCUGUGCCCCCCCCACCCCCCCGUGACUCACUGCUGGGUGACUUUGCUCGGUCAACUUGUGGGCCAUGUGGCAGCUGCACACGUACGUGUACCCCGAGUCGCGGAGUGUGAGCCAAUGAGGGUGAAUAUGCAAGUAAAAUCAUAAAAUGCCUUCUAUUUGUAAUUCAUUAUGCACUGCAAAAUGAUGCUUUUGUCGUGGAGUUUCGCUACGCGUUUGUGGUGGCUGCCCUCGAGUGCAAUAACGAGGGCCUGGUCAUCGUUGUCUUAAAUUGUUGUAGCUGACGGUGCUGGUUGUCACGGCUGGUAUUGCUUGAGAUUUCUAGUUUAUAAAUACAGGAUCGCGAACUCUGUGUACGUGCAGCUGAGUAGUGUAACAUUUUAUCACAACAAUGUCUUUGUAAAAGUAAGGUUCAAACGUUUGAUAUCGCCAAAUUUGGAACCCAUGACAUUUUGGUACAAAAAUUUGAUGCAAAAAAAAACUUGUUUGUUUUCUCAUAUAAUAAAAAAGGGCUUGUGAUGAUUUAAACAUUUUUGUGGUAAAAUCGGUUAUUAUUUUCCAGUAUUUUAUUUUUUAAGUAUUGGUUUCUUUCAGUACAUUUCGAAACAAUGUUCCCGUGAGUGAAAUUAUAAAAGUUUUCAUUUUCUCGCGUAAAAAGUAAUUGUUGACGUUUUGUCUUGAAAUGAAAUCUCGCUUUCACAAUU